AUGCGAUGUGCAGGAAACGACAGUUCUUCGCUUGCUUCAUCAGCAGGUGAUACUUCGCCUGCUGUUGCGAUUCAGCAACAGGCGGUGCCUGUUGUAAACAGUCCACGUGGUGAGUCACCACGUGCGACAGGUACAUCCGCUGCGUCUGCAGCGGGCACUGCGAAUCGCAAUGCAGAUGAGCCUGAAGUAAAACUUGUUUAUUCUGGAGAAUCGGAUGAUGCAUCCGACUCGAAGUCGACACCUCACGCCUCCAAAUCAUCCGGGGCGGACACUGCAAGAUCCAGGUUGACUGGCUCUGGGGAACGUGGCGGCAUCAGGUUCGAGAUCUUCGGACCAAGAAAUUAUCCUGACGAAUUCUCGUCUCCAGAAAGUCCAUACGACUAUAGGACGCGUGGGUAUGGUGGUGAUGCACCUAUUAAUCACCACGAGCGAAGUUAUUCGAAGUAUUGGGGUAUCACUGGUGUCAGUGCUCAUGCUGGCACCUAUCAAGAAGCCAGGGACCGAAAUGUCCUGCGCCGCGCUCCCCAAGUGGAGUGUCCGUGGAUGCCGCCAUCCAGAGAGUUGGAACGGUUGGCCGGCAUGACUACCGAACGGGAUCGAAUCCCGCUGUUCGACUGCAGGGGUAUUUGCCCACCUAAUUCCAGCACGAAAACUAUCCGUGCUGAGGAUGAAUACUUCACCGAUGCGUUUUCAAACAUCGGUGGUACAAUGGCAACCGUGGUCGAGACGGUAAGGCCUUGGUGCAAGGAUGGAAUGCCCUCAUUUAAAACAUCGAGUGCAUCGGCCGUGAGGCCUGGCUCGCUAAACUUGAUGCAGCUCGCAUCAGGUUGCUUGAACAGCUCGAAACGUGCCCCUAUGGAGGCCUACCUCCCUAAUGAUCCCUACUGGAGGGCGCGCAUAUCUUCUGAGAUGGCCGAAGGGAUUGACACUUUGCAGUCCCUGCACUCGCGUUCGGGGAGGUCGUUUUCCGACGGUCCUUCUUUGAACGCAGCGGCUGGGCACGAGGCUCUCAGCUGUCCCACACCGGUGGAUAGCCACGCCAGCGGACGAGGUAACUCGUCCGGACGCCAUUCACGUCGCGUUGGUUUAAAAUACGCUCCACUAGAAAGCGUUGGCCACCGCUUGAGUCCACCAAAGUAUAUGGUAGCGGCGGUAACACCUGAUCCGGCUCGAGGGUCGGAUCAGCUUGAUGUUCAAGAGCUGAACCGUGUAACGGAACAGUUGCAAGAUGACUUGGCUCACGAACGGACUCGGCGUUAUGAGCUUCAGGAUCUUGUAAGGGAGAAUUACGAUUCCUUAUUGCACGAUCGUUCGGACGAUCGUGCCGCGUUUGCUUUCGCGCAACUUGAGAACGAACGUUCGACUUGUUCUCUUCGUGACGAGCUGUCUGCAGCUCGUCGAGACAUCGUUCAACUGUGUGAACAAGUCGCUUCGCUAGUCGACCAGACUGGCUUGUUGAAACGGGACCACUCGAAGGUGGUCUCGGCUUUCAAACGCGGAGGUUUUCUUCGCAUAUCGAAGCGGGCUCGUACUGAUAGUACGGGCGGAGACGUCCAACGCAAAACGUAG